AUGGCAGCGUGGACGACAAGCUCGAACGAGGCACUUACGAUAUCGCUCGUGCGACCAACUGAGGACAAAGCCUCCCUGGGGGAGGAGGAAUCCUACGAGAAUUUUCACCCAACAUUCACAUAUCCAAUUUAUGGCGAAGAAGAGAAGAUAUAUGGUUACGAAGGCCUGACUAUUGAUCUGCGGUUUGCCUCGGGCUCCUUGGUUCCUUAUCUUUCUGUAAACUAUUCCGCGAAACUACCUUCAACCUCGACCGUUGAUGAUGUUGAGGGUACAUUGAGCCAGUUCAUCCCUUCUGACUACCUUACAGACGAAACUGCCUUUCUUGCGCAGGUGGAACAAGAUGGGACAACAUUCAAACCCUCAGGACAGCUUAUACAUUCAUAUGUCCGUCUUUCCCCUCUAGCUGCUGCGAAUGGCAAGGGGAAAGCUGCUGCAAACACACAACAAACUCUAGACUCGGAGGACGCAAAUGCCGUUGUCUACGAAGUGUACCAUACGACAUGGGAUACCCCUGGGUUUAGAGAAUAUCAUCGCAGAAUGCAGCUGUUCAUUCUAUUAUACAUCGAGGGUGGGUCAUACAUCAACGAGGAAGAAGAUUCUUGGGAAUUUGCUGUACUUUACGAAAAACGCAAACGGCAAUCAACGCCGGGCACGUCGACGUACCAUUUCGUCGGUUACUCGUCUUUGUAUCCUUUCUUUCAUUUCCCUGAAAGUGUACGCCUGAGACUAAGCCAAUUCGUGAUUCUCCCACCAUACCAACGGCAAGGGCAUGGUUCCGAACUGUAUGACGCUAUAUACAACUACGUCCUCUCCCAGCCAACCAUCACGGAGCUAACCGUUGAGGACCCCGCAGAGGCAUUCGAAGACCUCCGUGAUCGUAAUGACCUGAAAAUGUUGUUAUCGCACGAGGUAUUCAUUUCCGAGGCCUUUGGUGCCGAUACGCUAUCACAUGGAGGUGGGCGAGUGGGAGGUGUGGGGCGCGCAGGGAGAAGUGGAAAGGGUGGCGUAUCGAAGAGUGCACCAGGGAAAAUGGGCCCACCGGUGGAUAAGUUAUGGGCUGAGAAUUGGAGGAAGAAGCUCAAAAUUGCUGGCCGUCAAUUCCAGCGGCUCAUAGAGAUUCUAAUUUUGUCAAAACUGGAUCCUAUAGAUCCAAGACCUAUGCGAGCAUAUCGAUUGCAAGUCAAAGAGCGGCUGUAUCGCUUCAACUUCGAAACACUUGCGCAGCUGGAGAAGUCGGAAAGAUUAGAGAAGCUCGAAGAAACGUUCCAGAACGUUUGCGAAGAUUAUCAGCGUAUUCUCUCGAUGGUCCAAUGA